AUGGCGAAUUUGCUACAGAUCUCUGUCCUCAAGUUUCUGACGAGCAACUUGCUGGAGCGACACGCAGGUUUCCAAAACAUGCUUGUCACGAGAGAAGGCAGACAGUUUCCCGGGUUCUACAGAGACAUGUCAGGUAUGAACGUAGCUUAUGCAGUGUUCUGCUACCCCAAAGCGCUUUAUCCCGACGUUGGUGCCUUCUUGGAAGCGAUCCCAGAUAUGGCUAAAUUCAUCGAUAUCUCCAACGACGUGCUAUCCUUCUAUAAGGAAGAAGAAAGCCACUCCUUACCGUUUUAG